ACGCGGUAUAAUUAUAAACACCUUCCCGAUUUAUUUCCUUCGCCGAUCGGAAGAUCUUCUUCUCUUUGCUCUCUCGCCGCCAUUGGCGGACCUCGGAGAACCUGGGUUUUCUUGGGUUUCGGCUCCUAGAUCUGCAGAUUGCUUCACCGCACCGCUCAGUGAUUUUGAGUUAAAAUGCCUCUCAGACUUGAGAUCAAGAGAAAACUUGCACAAAGAUCAGAGAGAGUAAAGUCAGUAGAUCUCCAUCCAACAGAGCCAUGGAUUCUUGCAAGUCUAUACUCUGGAAGUGUUUGCAUUUGGGAUUAUCAAUCACAGACUAUGGUUAACUCUUUCGAAGUGACUGAUCUACCAGUACGGUCAGCAAAAUUUAUAUCCCGCAAACAGUGGAUUGUGGCCGGAUCAGAUGAUAUGUUCAUUCGAGUUUACAAUUAUAACACAAUGGACAAGGUUAAAGUCUUUGAGGCACACACUGAUUACAUCAGGUGUGUGGCAGUCCAUCCAACCCUUCCAUAUGUGUUGUCGUCGUCCGAUGAUAUGUUGAUAAAGCUUUGGGAUUGGGACAAGGGCUGGUCGUGCACUCAGAUUUUUGAGGGGCAUUCUCACUAUGUGAUGCAAGUUACUUUUAACCCAAAAGAUACCAAUACUUUUGCAAGUGCCUCCCUUGAUCGUACUAUAAAGAUCUGGAAUCUUGGUUCUCCAGACCCAAAUUUUACAUUAGAUGCACAUUCAAAGGGAGUUAACUGUGUUGAGUACUUUACUGGUGGUGAUAGGCCAUAUUUGAUAACUGGUUCAGAUGAUCAAACUGCCAAGGUCUGGGAUUACCAAACCAAGAGUUGUGUUCAAACACUGGAAGGCCACACUCACAAUGUUUCAGCUGUCUGUUUCCAUCCAGAGCUUCCCAUCAUAAUGACAGGUUCAGAGGAUGGAACUGUGCGUAUAUGGCACUCCACAACAUACAGGCUGGAGAACACUUUAAAUUAUGGCCUUGAACGAGUUUGGGCUUUGGGAUACAUGAAAGGCUCAAGAAGAGUUGUAAUUGGAUAUGAUGAAGGGACUGUCCUAAUAAAACUUGGUCGUGAAGUACCCGUUGCUAGUAUGGACAGCAGUGGAAAAAUCAUAUGGGCAAAGCAUAAUGAAAUCCAAACAGUGAAUAUUAAGACAGUUGGUGCUGAUUUUGAGGUCACAGACGGUGAAAGAUUGCCUUUGACUGUGAAAGAGUUGGGAAGUUGCGAUCUUUAUCCACAAAGCUUAAAGCAUAAUCCCAAUGGAAGAUUUGUUGUUGUUUGCGGAGAUGGGGAGUAUAUUAUAUAUACAGCUUUAGCUUGGAGGAAUAGAUCCUUUGGCUCUGCGUUAGAGUUUGUUUGGUCUGUGGAUGGAGAAUAUGCUGUCCGGGAAAGCACCUCAAGAAUAAAGAUUUUCAGUAAGACAUUUCAGGAGAAGAAGAGUAUUCAGCCAACCUUCUCUGCUGAACGGAUUUUUGGUGGAACUUUACUUGCAAUGUGCUCCAAUGAAUUUAUCUGCUUUUAUGACUGGGUUGAAUGCAGGUUAAUUCGACGAAUCGAUGUCAAUGUCAAAAACCUUUACUGGGCUGACAGUGGUGACCUUUUGGCAAUUGCUAGUGAUACAUCAUUCUACAUCCUAAAGUACAAUAGGGACGUUGUUUCUUCUUAUAUAGAAAGUAAGAAAUCAGCAGAUGACCAAGGUGUGGAUGAUGCCUUUGAACUUCUCCAUGAAAUAAAUGAGCGGGUCCGAACUGGACUAUGGGUUGGUGAUUGUUUCAUUUACAAUAACUCUUCUUCCCGACUAAAUUAUUGUGUUGGUGGGGAGGUUACCACCAUGUACCAUUUGGAUCGUCCUAUGUACUUAUUGGGAUAUCUUGCUAGUCAAAGUCGGGUUUAUCUCAUUGACAAGGAAUUCAAUGUUAUGGGGUACACUUUGCUUCUUGGUUUGAUCGAAUAUAAAACUCUUGUCAUGCGAGGAGAUUUAGACCGUGCUAAUGAAAUUUUACCAACAAUUCCUAAAGAACAUCGUAAUAGCAUUGCUCACUUCCUUGAGUCCCGUGGCAUGCAAGAGGAUGCUCUGGAAGUUGCAACAGAUCCCAACUACAAAUUUGAUCUGGCCAUACAACUUGGGAAACUGGAUGUUGCAAAGACAAUUGCUAUUGAGGUACAAAGUGAAUCUAAAUGGAAGCAAUUGGGAGAGCUUGCCAUGUCGAUUGGAAAGUUAAAGAUGGCUGAGGAGUGUUUAUCUCAAGCAAUGGAUUUGAGUGGCUUGCUACUCCUAUACUCCGCUUUGGGAGAUGCAGAAGGAAUUCAUAAGCUUUCAACUUUAGCUAGAGAACAAGGAAAAAACAAUGUUGCUUUUCUUUGUUUAUUUAUGUUGGGUAAAUUGGAGGAAUGUCUUCAGUUGUUGGUGGCAAGUGAUCGUAUUCCAGAAGCUGCAUUGUUGGCACGGUCAUAUCUCCCUAGCAAAGUAUCUGAGAUUGUAGCUCUUUGGAAAAAUGAUCUUCAUAAGGUCAACCCUAAAGCUGCAGAGUCUUUAGCUGAUCCUGAGGAGUUCUCCAAUUUAUUCGAGGAUUGGCAGGUUGCUCUUGCAGUUGAAUCUAAACUUGCCAAUGAAAGAGGUGACUAUCCUCCUGCUAAAGAAUAUUUGAGUUUUUCUGAGAAACAAAGUAGCAAUCUUGUUGAAGCCUUCAAGAACAUGCAACUUGAUGAAGAGGAGGAUCUGCACAUUGAAAAUGGAGAUUCUGCACAUGAGAUGGUGGAAGAUGCACUGGAUGACGUUCAAGAGGAAGCAGUUGAAAUUGAUGCUGAUGAUUCUACAGAUGGCACUGUCCUUGUUAAUGGGAAUGAGGGUGAGGAAGAGUGGGGUAUGAAUAAUGCAGGAACCCCAUCAAGCUAAAAGCAAUCAUUUAGUUGGUGCUGACUCCACAUAAUUAACAGCCAAACUAGAUGAACAUCCAGUUAGUGCAAUCAUAACCCAUUUCUCAGGUCAUGCAGAGAUAAAACCAAAACACAUCAUGGAUUCAUCUCCAACCUUGUUCUUUGCCUUUUUGUGGUCCCUUUCUGGUAAUACAAACCUCUCACUCAUCAUUCGCCUGAUCAUUUAUUUUAUGAUUCAGUGUAACAUCACAAAGCUUGACUAUCUAUUAAAACUUUUUAGAUUCUUAUUAUCAUGCAAAUAGAUAAAGAAAGAGAGAAAGAAGCCAGCUGUUUUCAUCUUUCUUUAUUCUUCA